AUGGCUGCUUAUACUCUCGUCUACUUCUUUGGCCAAGUAAAUAUACCAUCUCGGUUCAGAAACGCGUCUACUUGGUCCGCCCUUCCGAUACAUGCAGAAUCUGAAUUUCUUUACAAGCCGUACCCUGCCAUGGAUGACAUGGACCUGCUCAUCACUGAUCCCCGGUUUGUGCUUUUAUUCUUGUUCAGGGGUCCCCGGAGAUCCCUUCCAGUAGAAGCCCCCCAGGCCACGCAUAUGGGCCGUGAUGAUCUUAGGGAUCUCGAAGAUCUCGCGGCUAGUCCUACCCGGCCUGGUAAUGGAAGGUCGCACAAGAAACAUAAGAGCCAUGUCACCCGGAACGGAACAUUGCCCGAUUUCUGCCUUCCGUUUUGGUUCGCCACUGCAGCCAGUACUCACCUGUAUCCUUGCAGGCAUUUGAUGCUGAUAUUUGGGCAAAACUGGUACAGGCGAGAUUCAGAAGGAGGGCAUAUACAUAAGAUACGUACCUGUUGA